AUGUCGCCCAGAGUUCUCGUGCUCCUCCUGGGCGUGUGCAUGCUCCUUCAGUCGAGGGUUGAAGGACCCCAGGCUAAGUCAGAGAAGGGAGCCUCUGGCAAUAGUGAUGGCUUCUACGGCCCCAAGCCACAGGACCCCAAAAAGAAGCCUCUCACUGAAGGACCAAAGCCCCCUGCUACUGGCCGCAGAGUUGCUGGAGGCUCAGAAGCCUCUCAGAUCCUGAACACCAUACUGAGCAACUAUGACCACAAACUGCGCCCUGGCAUUGGUGAGAAGCCAACUGUGGUCAGUGUCCAGUUCUCUGUCAACAGCCUGGGUCCUCUCUCAACCCUGGACAUGGAAUACACCAUUGACAUCAUCUUCUACCAGACCUGGUAUGAUGAACGCCUCCGCUACAAUGACAGCUUUGAGACUCUUGUUCUGAACAGCAAUGUGGUGAGCCAGUUAUGGAUCCCGGACACCUUUUUUAGGAAUUCUAAGAGGACCCAAGAGCACACAAUCACCAUGCCAAACCAAAUGAUUCGCAUCCACGGGGAUGGCAAGGUGUUGUACACAAUUAGGAUGACCAUUGAUGCUGAAUGUACACUCCAUAUGCACAGAUUUCCAAUGGAUUCUCACUCUUGUCCUCUGUCUUUCUCUAGCUUUUCCUAUCCUAUGAGUGAGAUGAUCUACAGAUGGGAAGAUUUCAAGCUUGAAAUCAAUGAGAACAACUCCUGGAAGCUCUUCCAGUUUGAAUUUAAAGGAAUGAGCAACAAAACUGAAACUCUCUCAACCCUAGCUGGUGAUUUCAUGGUCAUGACGUUUUUCUUCAACGUCAGCAGGCAGUUUGGCUAUGUUGCCUUUCAAAACUAUGUCCCUUCUUCUGUGACCACGAUGCUCUCCUGGGUUUCCUUUUGGAUCAAGAAGGACUCGGCAGCCGCUAGGACCUCUUUAGGGGUCACCUCUGUACUUACCAUGACUACAUUGUGCACGUUUUCCCGUAAGAAUUUCCCACGUGUCUCCUAUGUCACAGCCUUGGACUUUUAUCUUGCCAUCUGCUUUGUCUUCUGCUUCUGUGCACUGACGGAGUUUGCUGUGCUCAACUUCCUGACCUACAACCAGAUGAAAACCCGUACUUCUCCGACACUUCGUCAUUCUCGUCGUCGUGGCCGCGCACGUGCGCGAGCCCGUGCGCGUGCUCGUGCGAGAGCCCGUGCCCGUGCCCGGCAGCUUCAGGAAGCUUUUGUCUGCACCAUUGUCAACAAGGAGGGAGGUGAUGGAGAGGGGCAGUCCUCCAACCCAGGUAGUUCCCAGCGCUCGAAGCCUAUCUGCUGCAAGUGGCGCAGGGGUUACAAGAAAUACUUCUGCAUGAUCCCCAAUUGCAAAGGUAGCACCUGGCAGCAGGGCCACCUGUGCAUCCACAUCUACCACCUGGAUGACUACUCGCGGGUUGUUUUCCCACUGGCCUUCUUCUUCUUCAGUGUGGUCUAUUGGCUUGUUUGCCUUUACUUGUAG